UCGAAACUUUGGAUUUAAGUUUCAACCAAAUUUGUACAAUUGCGAAUAUUUUUGAUGGGUUGUCAAAUUUGAUAACACUUAACUUAGGAAACAAUGAAAUUACAGAGUUACCACACGACAUGUUUAAAGGACUUUCAAAUCUUCAGACAUUAGAACUUCAACACAACAAAAUACAAACACUUGGAGCUAAUGCUUUUGGAAAUACUCCGCAUUUAAAACGUUUACGGAUUGACCAUAACGAUUUAACUGCAUUGCAUAUGCAACCUUUUAAUAAUCUGAAGAAAUUGCAGCAUCUUGACCUCGGCUACAAUAAUCUAAAAACUAUUGGAAACAAUAGUUUUUCCACUUGUUCCAAACUUGAAUAUUUAAAAUUGAAUGACAACAUGUUGACCUCCAUUACGAAAGAUUUAUUUGGCGAUCAUACACUCUUCAAGGAACUUCAGUCUUUUCAUCUCAGCAACAACCGAAUUGGAUUUAUUGCCAACACAUCUUUAAAUGGUAUGAAGAAUAUGCGUUAUUUACACCUUGAUAACAAUUGCAUUCUCGAGUUACAAACUUCCACCUUUAAAGAAUUGCACCUUCUCGAAUUUCUACAUUUGCAGCACAAUGAACUAGUUACUUUAUCUGAGGACGCUUUUGAAGGAUUACAUGAGCUCCAGUAUCUAGAUGUUUCUUUUAAUAACUUACACGUUUUAAAACCAACAAUUUUUAGAGACAACUCUGCAUUAAAAACAUUGUCAAUUAGCAGUAACAAAAUAAGCCAUCUUGCAAAUACAACGUUUGCUACCUUAGUCUAUUUAAACGCCAUCUACGCGGAAGGUAACAUGAUAGAUACAAUCCAGGGUAUUGAUUUUAAGCAUCUCAGUAGGCUGUCAACUCUUCACUUGGAUCAAAAUUUGAUCACAAUUAUUGAAGAAAGUGCAUUAACUGGAUUAAAGAAUCUAGUCAAAUUGCACCUAAGAAAUAACAAGUUAAAGGCUUUUCCGAGUCAAGUGCUAUCAGACUUAAAAUCACUCAGAACAGUGGAUCUUCGCGAAAAUGAAAUUGUAACUUUGCAGCCGCCAUCAAUGAAUCAGUCGGUUGAUCUUCUUUUGAGUGGAAACCCGCUUAGUUGCGACUGUGCCUUGAAAGGGUUGAAAGAAUGGUUUACCACAUCAAGAAAAACUCAGUAUCUAGAAUGCAACAAACCAACAAACUUACGUGGACAAAACAUAUUUAGUUUAAAAUUAGAAUCUUUUCAGUGUAAAGCUCCAUACUUUACCAAAAUAUCGCAGAACUUGAGAGUGGAAGUAGGAGAUGACGUGAGGCUAUUUUGCGAAGUAGAAGGUUUUCCAAAACCAGUUUUGAAGUGGUAUGAUAUUGGAAACUCUGAAAUCAAAACUUCACUAAAAGAUAUUGAACGAUAUGAAAUACUUUCAAAUGGAAUAUUGAAUAUUAAAAACGUAUCUAUAAAUGAUGCAGGUGUAUACACAUGUAGUGCGUCGAAUGCAGGUGGCAGAGAGGAUAGGACAAUUAAUCUGAAUGUUGUAGACAAAGAUGGUUCUAAAGCAGGUGUAAUAGGUGGCGGUCUAUUUGCAAUAAUUCUUGUUGUCGGAGUUGGUUUAGGACUAUACAUGUAUCUGUGGAGUUACAAACGAAGGCGACUGGUUACCAACACAAGUGAAAGUAACGACCAAGCUUACAUGUCUGUCUCUAUCGGAGGAUUUCCAACAGAGCAUGAAUGUGGAAGCCAAGGAUCUAUACACUCAGAAGUGGUGUACGCUACAAUAGGGGCAGGUGGAACGUCUGAAGAGAACAAAACUAACGAAAAAGAACAUGGUUAUCAAUCAAUAUGGAAACCACCUGUCAUCAAGAUAAAUGAGGAAAGUAACGAAAAUGAACCCGUAAAGAAGGGAAUACGCAUUCGCAAACCUGGUAGUCCUGGUUACAUGACGAUGCUUCCACAAGCUAGCGAAACUAGCACAGGGCCACAAUUUAAACCUUCUUCAUCUACACUAGCAUCCCCUAGGUUUAUAAAAAAUAACGCCAGAAAAACAGCACCUUCUCGAUUUGAACCAUCUCGUUUUUCAAAACCGAAGGAAAAAUUAGAAAAUGAGUUGAAACAAUUUCCAAAUGUUGCGACAAUUCUUACGCAGCGAGAAAAUCCUAUACAAAAUACACUUGAAAAACCAAAACCCCUGACGUCUCUGUAUGCAUGUCCAAAGGGUAAAAUAAAGCUUCAAGUGGAGCAGUUGGAAAGCAUAACCAAAAAAAAUGAAUGUGAUCGAUCAGGACCCGACAAAAGUUUCACUAUGCCUCGGUCACGCGUCGACAGCGAAGAAAGUCGUGCUAAAGAACCAAUAACUGUAGGUAGUAGGCCAAGAAGAGGAUCUGCAAGUAAAAUUCAAUAUUCAAACAAAGUGUAUGAUUCUGUUGUCACAGUAUCCAUUCGUAGGACAAUUAAUCUGAAUGUUGUAGACAAAGAUGGUUCUAAAGCAGGUGUAAUAGGUGGCGGUCUAUUUGCAAUAAUUCUUGUUGUCGGAGUUGGUUUAGGACUAUACAUGUAUCUGUGGAGUUACAAACGAAGGCGACUGGUUACCAACACAAGUGAAAGUAACGACCAAGCUUACAUGUCUGUCUCUAUCGGAGGAGAUAAUUCACAGUUAUGCAACACGGUGGCAGAAGUUUUUUAG